AUGCCUCACGGGGCUUACGAUGAUGGCGAGCUGGAGAUCUCUCUGGCUUCGUCUGCCAACCGACGCGCGAACAAUAAGCCUCCCGAUGCCAGCACUCGUCGAGUCCCGAAUGGCAUCAACCACGGAUCCGUUGAGCCCGUCCCUCAGAAGAAGGCGGAACAACGCAUUGGUGCCUAUCAUAUCAUCAGAACUCUAGGGGAGGGAUCUUUUGGCAAGGUCAAAUUGGCGACCCAUCGGAUUACGAACCAACAGGUGGCGUUGAAGAUUAUUGCCAGGAAGAAGCUCAUUAGUCGCGAUAUGGCAGGUCGGGUGGAGCGGGAAAUAGAAUAUCUUCAGUUACUCCGACAUCCUCAUAUUAUUAAGCUAUAUACAGUGAUCAAGACACCCACUGAAAUCAUCAUGGUUCUCGAAUAUGCAGGCGGUGAAUUAUUCGAUUACAUUGUUCAGAAUGGGAAGAUGAAGGAAGAUGAGGCGAGAAGAUUCUUCCAGCAGAUCAUUUGUGCGGUGGAAUAUUGCCAUAGACACAAGAUUGUCCACCGAGAUUUGAAACCCGAAAAUCUGCUUCUGGACGAAAAUCUAAAUGUCAAAAUCGCCGAUUUCGGAUUGAGCAACAUUAUGACUGAUGGAAAUUUCUUGAAGACCAGCUGUGGAAGCCCAAAUUAUGCGGCACCAGAGGUCAUCAAUGGGAAAUUAUAUGCAGGCCCCGAAGUGGAUGUGUGGAGUUGCGGAGUCAUCUUGUACGUGCUUCUCGUCGGAAGAUUGCCCUUCGACGAUGAGCAUAUUCCGUCUCUCUUCGCAAAGAUUGCCAAAGGUCAAUACGUGGUCCCCAAUUAUAUGAGCUCUGGCGCAGCUGCGCUGAUCAAGAAAAUGCUGGCUGUGAACCCUGUCCAUCGCGCCACCAUUGAUGAGAUUCGAAUGGAUCCGUGGUUUGUCAAGAACCUGCCAGCUUAUUUGCAACCACCUGUUGAGGAGUUUAUUGAUACCGGCGUGGAUCCUUCCAAGGCCAUUAUCCCGAAGAACAUUGCUCCCCACGCCAGUCCCGCCGUGCAAGAGCAGCUCCACGUUCAGGUGACGGAAAAGAUCAGUAAAACCAUGGGCUAUGGGAUCAAAGAUGUUCAAGAAGCAUUAGCUGCCGAUGAACCAUCUGCGAUUAAAGAUGCAUAUUUGAUUGUCAGAGAGAACAAGCUAAUGCAGGCAAAUCGUAAGCAUGACUCUGUUUCUUCUAAAGAAUCGGACCUGAACACUCUUAAACAUCCUCAGAACCUUGAUUCAGAUGCAAAUUUGGCUGAUGAAAACGGCAAGUUACUAUUUCAGGUUCCAUCUCCACCAGCCUGGAAUGAUGGCAUUAAACUUGAGGGCGUCAAUUCAGCGGCAUCCGGGUCCACAGCUGCGAAGGCAUCAACCCAAAUAGAAGAGAAGUCCCAACGAACAUCACGACCAAGUCCUCUUCUGGAUGCAGUGUCGCCACGUUCGUCGAGCUCAAUUGGGACAGAUAGGUCUGCACGUUCUUACGUUAGCAAAAUCGGAAUUCUUCCCAGCAGUCUCCCUUCGUAUCAUCGUGAUUACAUGGAGGCUCGAAAGAAUGGAAGAGAGAUUGGAGAGGGACUCUCAACAACGCACGCUGAAGUCAACGAGCCUCACGAACAAACUGAAGCCGAGAAAGUUGAGACGGCUAGGAGACUUAAUCCUCACUCUAGAAGUCAGCUCAAGCUUGAUGAAGCUAGUAAAAGACCUGCUGGCAUGACUCCGGUCCCCCAAAAGAAAGCAAAACCAACAAAGUGGCAAUUCGGUAUCCGCUCGCGUAACCAGCCAUUGGAGGCUAUCGGUUGUAUAUAUCGUGCGUUGCAGAAGCUUGGCGCCGAGUGGAUUGUGGAUGAAGAUUGGGAGAAAAGCCAGAGAGAAGCUCUAGAGACCACACACUCCAAUAACGACAGCUUCGUUUCAAAUGGAAGUGGCGCGUCUCUGCAUCGCGAAGAGUCAUUGCCCACACAUGAGGCCUCCAAUCUGAGGUUUAGCAAGCUAGAUUCAAGCUCAAAAUAUAACCUUCCGGCGGAUCCCUGGGUUCUUCGUGUUAGAUGGCGAAAAGAUGAUCUUCGACGUCAAUCAGUUGCUUCUCUUAGCGGCGCCGGCGGCUCACUCCCCUCGGAUCUUCCAUCGCCAAUUACGAAUGCAGCUUCAAAAUCAGAUCCGAGUGGUGGCGUUAUUAUGCAUCUGGACAUUCAGCUCUACGAGAUGGAACCUGGAGUUUACCUCGUUGAUUUCAAAUGCGCCGGCUAUGAGACUCCUGAUGGCAUGUUGUUUGAAGAGAAAGACGUCACAUCGCCAUUUCCUUUCCUCGACCUUGCCUCGAAGCUUAUUAUUCAGCUUGCUGAAGCUGACUAA